AGCCACACAGACCCAUAGCAAUGGCUUUUGGGUGACUGGCUGACCCUGCCCUUCCUCUCCUUGGGGUUCCACUUCCCUCCCGGCUCCCUGUCCAGCCUUUGGGGGUCUUAGACCGCCCCCCUCCCUCUGCUCGCCUACCCUCGCUGCGGCCACAGUCGGCCCCUCCCCCUCGCCCACCACAAAGCGACGGACGCUGUGGUGACGGACGACGCCUCCCGCCCCACGCCACCUCCAGCCUCGACCCUGCGCGAUGCUUGGGCCUCUCGCCCAAUCCCCGCCCGGCCCAGGUCCCAAGGGCGACUCGGUCCCCGCGCCGGUGGCCUCGUCCUCCGGGGUCCUCCGGGGUCUGGGUCCUGCCAUCCCCGCCCCGGAGCGGCAGAAGGUCUGAGGUCUGCAGUACUAACUGCAGAGCACAGCAUGGAGGCCCCGAUCUGACAGGCACCAGCCUAUUCUGGGGGUUUCGAUGGCCAAGUGGCUCCGGGAUUAUCUGAGCUUUGGCGGCCGGAGGCCCCCUCCGCAGCCGCCUACUCCAGACUACACCGAGAGCGACAUCCUGCGGGCCUACCGCGAGCAGAAGGACCUGGACUUCGAGGAUCCCUAUGAGGACUCCGAUGGACGCCCCGAGCCAGAGCCAACCGGGUCCGGGGACCCCAAAUACAACUCGCCCAGGCACCGGCUGAUCAAGGUGGAGGCUGCGGACAUGGCCAGGGCCAAGGCCCUGCUGGGCAGCCCAGGGGAGGAGCAGCCUGUAGCAGACCCGGAGUACUCCGACCCCUUUGAUGCCCAGCCCCAGCCGCCAGCCCCGGAUGAUGGGUACAUGGAGCCCUACGAUGCCCGGGGUGUCUUCAGUGAACCGCCAGGCAGAGCCGUCCAGCUGUACGAUACGCCCUACGAGGAGCAGGAUGCAGAACCAGAAGAUGGAGCAGCUUCCGGCCAGAGCCGACUGCCCCUGGAGGAUGAAAGGCCAGCGGAUGAAUAUGACCAGCCUUGGGAAUGGAAGAAAGAUCACAUCUCCAGGGCCUUCGCAGUACAAUUUGAUGGCCCUGACUGGGAACGCACCCCAGGUUCCAUGGAGCCCCGAAGACCGCAGCCUGCAGAGCGUGUGGACACAGCCCUGGCCCUGGAGAAGCAGCCGUGGUUUCAUGGCCCCUUGAGCCGCUCUGAGGCUGAGAACCUUCUGUCCCUCUGCAAGGAAGGCAGCUACCUUGUUCGGCUCAGUGAGACCAGGGCGCAGGACUGCAUUCUGUCCCUCAGGAGCAGCCAGGGUUCCAUGCACCUGAAGUUCGCAUGGACAAGGGAGAACCAGGUGGUCCUGGGCCAGCACAGCGGGCCCUUUCCCAGUGUGCCAGAGCUGGUCCUGCAUUACAGUGCCCGCCCACUGCCUGUGCAAGGUGCCGAGCACCUGGCCCUGCUCUAUCCUGUCACCAGCAGCCAGAGCUCCUGAAGGACCUACACGUCUGCUGCUAGGCCAGAGAGGAGCCAGGGGACCCAUGGCGCACAGACUUCCUCCAAGCCACCUUUAAUUCCCUCUGGUGGGGUACUUCAGACCAACAAAACGCUCUCAGGACUUGUGAGCCAGCUUGGCGGGUGACGAAAGGCGCUUGCUGCCAGGCUUAAUCCCGGGAACCCACAUGGUGGCAGCAGAGAGCUGACACCUGCAAGUAGUUCUCUGAUUUACACACAAGCCACACGCCAUAAAUUAAUAAAUAAAUGUAAUAAAAAAAACAAAUUU